GCUGAACUGCCCCCUCCUCCUCUGCCACGGCCACCGCGCCUCUCCCCUCUCCCGGCUAGCGGCCGCCCCUCUCCCCGACAAGCUCCGGCCUCCACCGCCCCUCUCUGGCCGUGAUCGACCUCCCGCUCCACACCCGGUGCAUCUCCGCCAGCAUCGCCCACCCCCGCGCCCCUCUGCCCCCUCCUCCCGAGCUCCACCGGCCUCCCGCCUCCACCUCCUCCGGCCCGAGCUCCAAGCCUCCAGCCGCCUCCUCCGGCCCUGCACCACCCGCACCCGCCCUCACCUCCUCCGUCCCUGCCCCGGCUCCACCGGCGGCCACCCCCUCCGUCCUCCGGAGGUUGACAAAAGAAAUAGUCAACUAUUUGGAAAAUACAAUUGCUUAACCUAUCUUAGGCCCGCAGGAAGGGAACAAAUUCAUCUGUAGGGCUCCAUCAUGAAUGACAGCAACAUGAUCAAACGAGCGGAACGCCCAGGCUUUUGCUUGAUAGGAAGUAAAGUGGUUGUGCUAGUGAAUCGCUACAUCACAUAUUUUUGCCCAGAAACAAUUAUCAAUAUGUACAAGUUUUCUGUGACUCCCGAGACAAAAUCAAAAGCUAUUAAAGGAGCAUUAGUAGAAGAACUCACGAAAACGAGUCUUGGAAAUAAAGUGAUUGCUUUUGAUGGCAUGCAUAUCUACACAAUCACUCUUUUCCCAUCUGAGUAUGAAAAAGAGUAUGUCAUCGAACUGAAUGAAGGUGCUAGUGAGGAUGCGUCGAGGAGUGUUAGUUAUAGUGUCACAAUUCAUUUGGCUAAGUCACUGAAAAUGCAAGAGUUGAAGGACUAUUACAAUGGAGAACAAAGUUAUGUUUCUCAGGAUAUUUUACAUGCAAUUAAUGUUGUCUUGAGAGCAUUAUCUUCAAGCUGUCUCAAUGCUCCAAGGGCAAUGUUUUCAAUUAAGUUUGGUCCUAUAAUAGACAUUAAAGAGGGGCUCGAGCUUUGGCAGGGGUGCUACAAGGGAGUUUGCUUGUCACAUUAUGGUCUUGAUUUGACCAUAGAUACAACUGUAGCACCUUUUUAUAAAUCAAUUUCCAUGGUCAAGUUUGUGGGUGAAUUUUUGGGCCGAACUGACUUCAACCGGGCUUUCUCUCAUAAAGAGUAUGCAAAGAUAGAAAGAGCUUUGAAAGGGGUCCAAGUUGAAACUAUCCAUCAUACUGAUAGAACUAUGAAGUACAGAAUUAAAGGGCUUAGUGUUGUCCCUUUGAAAGAGCUCAUGUUUUCUGUAGAUGAUGAUGGUAUCAUGACCACCGUUGUUGAUUAUUAUCAGAGUCGGUAUAAUUGCAAAUUGGAAUAUAUUCACUGGCCAAGUCUGCAGUGCGGUGUCUCUGGCCGUCAGAUUUAUUUACCCAUGGAGGUUUGCAAGCUUGUGCAAGGGCAGAGAUACCGGCAAAAGCUUAGUACCACACAAGCAGCGAAGUUGCUGAAAAUAACCUGCAAACGUCCUCAGAAUAGGCUGAACGGAAUAUUAAAGGCUGCGAGAGGUAAUUUUGAUGUUGAAGAGCUUACAGAGGGGGAGUUCUCGGCCAGUGGAUUUCCUAAAGUGCUUUAUGGAUCUGUUCUAUCCGCCCCUUUGUUGAAAUAUGGCAAUGAAGAAAUUUUUAUGCCCAUUGGUGGACAAUGGAAUAUGGCUAACAAGAAAAUAAUUGAUGGAGGAAAGGUGGAACGCUGGGCUUGCUUGAACUUUUCUAAAGUACCAGCUUUGGAGGUGGAUAAUUUUUGUAGUGAAUUGAUUAACAUGUGUAACAAAAUUGGGAUGGUAUUUGAAGGAAAGCCAUUGGCAGUCCAGCAAUCAAGCAAUUUUAUGGACAUACAAUCCGCCUUGGAGUCUCUUUUGAGUUAUAUUUCGGAACUAUUCACUGAUGAGGGCAAUUGCCAGCGGCUCCAAUUGCUUAUUGUAGUUUUGCCAGAAGAAAAAGGGCACUAUGGUACUAUUAAGCGCAUUUGCGAGACACAACUUGGAAUAGUAUCUCAAUGUUGCUUACCAAAGUAUGUGAAAGCAAAAGUAAAUGUGGAAUACCUUGAAAAUGUUGCACUUAAAAUUAAUGUGAAGGCCGGAGGACGGAAUGCAAUUCUCCAGGAAGGAUUGCCAUUCUUGUCAGAUAUUCCAACAAUUAUUUUUGGUGCUGAUGUCAGCCAUCCCCCACCAGGAGUGUACUCAUCUUCUGUUUCGGCGGUUGUUGCAUCGAUGGACUGGCCUGAAGUUGCAACGUAUAGAUGUGUAAUCUCCGCCCAACAGCCAAAGCAGGAGAUUAUAACAAAUCUAUUUCAGGUUACUCAAGAUUCAAAUGGGUGUGUAAAAACUGAUAGCAUGAUAAAGGAGCUUUUGUUGAAUUUCUACCAGAAGAAUCGUCGUAAGCCUGAACGCAUCAUUUUCUACAGAGAUGGAGUAAGCGAAAGCCAGUUCAGCCCAGUUCUGCUUCAUGAAGUAGAUGCUAUCCGAAAGGCAUGUAUCUCUUUGGAUGAGCAUUAUGUUCCACCAAUUACGUUUCUGGUUGUCCAAAAAAGACACCAGACAAGGCUCUUUCCUAUGCCGACCACCAGGAAACCUGAACCCAAAGGAAUCAGGAAACCUGAGCCCAAAGGAAUCCUCCCUGGAACCGUUGUCGACUAUGGAAUCUGCGACCCUUGUGGGUUUGAUUUUUACCUAACUAGCCAUGCUUCUGAGGGGAGCUGUAGACCCACGCACUACCAUGUGCUGUUCGAUGAGAACCGCUUUACCGCUGGUGCCCUCCAGUCCAUCACAUAUAAUCUGUGCUACACUUAUGCUCGCUGUACACGUUCUGUAUCUAUAGUUCCGCCGGUGUACUACGCGCAUCUUGCUGCGUCACGGGGGCGGAGCUACCAGGGCAAUUUUGGUGAUGGUUCAAGCAUAAGGGAAACAACACCAGGUGACGAACUACCUGAGUUCCUACAAGUCCCAAAGAUCCACGAGAAUGUGUCGGAGGUCAUGUUUUACUGCUGAAUUCGAGGUGGUGGGUCGAACUAUUAUCGUCUUUGCUCCGAAACUUGGCCCUCGGUCACCUUUUGUAUAUUCAGAGUCGCGACUUGUGAGGCCGAUAACACUGGCUCAAAAUUUUGCUAACGUUGGCUCAAAAGUUUUGGAUACGAAGAUUCAGAUAUCACCGGUUGUGCA